UGAUAAGAGCAGAUGACGGCUGAGUUGAGAUGACGGAGGAGGUGAGGGGGACGGCUCAAGCUCAAACACUUACACAACAUGUUAAAGAUGGUCAACGCCGCCGAAGAAACGCAGAAAGGCAACCAAAUGUUAAGAAUGAGUGAAACUCCAAAAGGGCCUCAGCUGAAACUGUCUACCCAAGACCCCGCCGAGGCCCAGCAACAAAUCGAGACGGAGCUUCCGAAGUCAACCCUGCCACGAGAGUCAGACCUCGAGGACCAGCGAGCCGCUGAACGAACUAAACCGGGGUGGAUAAAAUGCAGGUGUUCACUCUGGGCCUUGGUUUUGGCCUUCUGUUUGUGCGUCGUUUUACUUGGGAUGGUUUACUACAUACAUCACUCUCUUCGUGGCGGGAACUGGAAGCAGGAAGUUCUCGCAAGCCCUUGCAACUCCCCAGCCUGUCAGAGGGCCUCGGUUCAUCUCUCUAUGUCAGCGGACCCUUUCACACACCCCUGCGACUACUUCCUCUUCUCAUGCGGACCCGACGGAUCUUCAUCCAAAGCCCAAGGACACCAGAGAGAAAAAUCCAGAAGAGACGUAAAAGAAAAGAGGACGCUGGACAGAAAAACUGAGCUGCUGCAGUAUCUCAGGGAGAUUUUAGAAUCAAAUGACAGCCUCGCGAGUUCAGCUGUGCAGAAAGCAAAAGCUUUUUAUCGCACCUGCUUGGACACCAAAUCCUUGGAUAUCGCUGGAGAGGAGCCUUUCCUCGCGCUCAUCCACAAACUUGGAGGUUGGUCCGUGUCGGGCCAGUGGAAUCAGACUGACUUCAACUCCACCCUCAGCGUGCUGAUGCGCGACUACGCCACCUUCCCCUUCUUCAACGCCUACGUGGACAAAGACCCCAACGACACGUCCGGCGAGACCACCAAACGAUACAUACAGAUCGAUCAGCCCGACCUGUUGAUCCCGAUCGAAUGGAUCAGCGAGAAAGAAAAGUCUCAAGUUAUAAGGGAGACGCUGCAUCCUUUCUUGGCUUCGUGCAGUCGGUACCUGGCGCUGCUGGGAUCCCCGCCGGACAGCAGCAGCAUGAUCCACGUCGGCGCCUUCGUUUCGCUGUCUUCCGAGCUCGCUGUUGCCAUGGCGCCUCUGAGCCAUCGCAAGGCUAAAGGGCAGCUCUCUCAGCGCUUGACCAUCAAGGAGCUGCAGAGCAUGGCACCGGCUGUGGACUGGCUGGGUUGCCUGCAGGCCGCGUUCCAUUCCCCGCCGCUCACGGAAGACGAGCGAGUCCUCCUGCACAACUUGCCUUAUGUGGUGCAGAUGUCCCACAUCAUCGGCAAAUGGAUGAGUGGUCAUGAGCUGAGCCCCAGUGGCCCCCUCCACACCUUCAUGCUGCUCAACUUGCUCCACACCCUGCUGCCCGCCCUGGACUCCAGAUUCUCGGAAACGGCAAAUAAUUUUUCAGUGGUUCUGGGCCACGUAGGGGUGAGGCAAGGCGAUCUUGACUCUAAGCCUCUGAGUGAAGGCUUCACCGCGGCCCCUCGCUGGAAACGCUGCGUGCUGGAAACCGAGCGAGGCUUCGAUGGGGUUCUGGCACAUCUGCUCGGAAUUAACAUCGCUGGCGGGGAGGCGGAAGAGCUUGUUGAAAAUAUCCUGUCCUCCUUCAAGUCCCAACUUUACAAACUCAAGUGGCACAAUCAGAAGACUCUCCAGUUUGUUAUGAGAAAGGGUCAGUCUGUAACUCCAAAAAUUGGGACUACAACAGAAAAAUCAAGUGAGGCUGAGCUUGACCUGCUUUAUUCUGAGGUGUCCGUCAGCCUCGACAGCUUCUUCUCCAACUACCUGCAGCUGCUGUCCUUGUUGCAAAAGCGGCGUAGCAAACUCUUGCAUGAUGACUGGAUCAGCGCCGAUAUUCUGUCUGUCACGCCGUCUCUUCUUGGCAAUGAGCUGAGCGUUCCCAUGGGAAUUUUUAUCCCUCCUCUCUUCCAUCCCACAUACCCGAGAGCUAUGAAUUACGGCGUGUUGGGAUUCCUUCUGGCCAAAGACCUCCUUCACGUACUUCUCCCUGACAUUUACUCGCAGAGCGUGACGGUGCGCGAUGUGGGCCAGUGCGUGUGGUCCCGCUACCGCUCGGUGACCAACAAUGAGAGCGAGGCACCUCCGCUUCCCACGGCACAGCAGCAGGAAGUGUGGCUGCAGUUUUCGGCACUGCAGAUCGCACUGGAGGCAUAUCAGAAGAGUUUGAAGAAGCAGCCGGCAGACACGUCCAUCUCGGGAUUCUCCACCACGCGUCUGUUUUUUGUGGCGUUCUCUCAGGUCAACUGUGACGCUGACCGCUAUCACCACUUGAUGCCUCUCGAGCCGUCCUUCCUCGUCACAGCCGUUUGUGCCAAAUCUCAUCUUUGUCCCACAACCUUGCAAUGCCCCAAAACAACUCGCCGGUAUUCGUCGCACGGCUGUUGAAAGUGUUUGCGGGAGAAAUAUUAUCUUUUCAUAACUCAAAACAGUUCUUGAGUGUGUUAAUAACACGUUUGUAACUUGUCUUGCUGAAAUUAGCCCGUUUUAGGGGCCGGCCCACGAUCUGUUCGACCAAUGGCAGGUCGGGCUUUUGUUACCAUGACGACCGGUGGGCUGGAUGUUGACAGGCGAGUGUGAGUGCGUUGCGGCCGGCUGGAAGCGGAGACCAGAGUAGGGUGGUAGUGUGUGUGUGUGCGUGUGCGUUGACGAGCGUCCUUGAGGACAAUGUAGAAAAGCAGUCCAUACACUAAACUGCGUGUAUGUGGCACAUGGAAAUCAAAUACGAUUGGCAUCAUAGCCACAUUGACAACCUGAACAAGCAAUAAAGUGCCACUUAGCAAAAGCUAAUGCCGUUAGCAUCCAAGACCUCUUUGCAGCUCUACUUACCUUGCACUGUGCGGUAAAUGACAUGCUUAUCUGACGCUAACAACAGCGACACUGUUGGCCAAUGCAAAUCUGCUCUCCCUGCAGAUUCGCUUACCUUUUAGUUAGCUUUGACCGCCAUUUGAAACUGGAACUUUGGCCAGUCUAGCUGUCGGGUCAUUGGCAGAGAAACAUUUACAGAAAUAGGCAGAAGGAUUUACUUGGUUGUUUUCAUUUCAUGCUUGUCGAGUGGGCAGGCACUACAGACACACAAAUGUUUAGAUACAACAAAUAAAAACGUCUGCCCACUUUAUGAUCAAUACCAGUAUAUCCUCAGAUGCGCUGUAACAUUGUGUUGUGUGCAAACUGUUGUUGCAUUUCAUCAAGUGAUGUGUAAGAGGACGAUUUUUGUAUUAUGAGCCUUGUUUGCGUGCUGUAUUAUUUGCACAAUUAUGUUCGGUGUUCAUUUGUGUUCUGUUGUAAAAUAAACUAUCAUGGUCUAUUUGUA